UUAACCUCAAUCUCAACCUCAAUCUCAAUCUCAACAUUAACUUCAAGAUCAAGCUCAACCUCAUCCUCAACAUUAACUUUAACUUCAACCUGAACUCUUAAACUUCAACCUGAACCUCAAUUAUAUUCCUAAACUAACCUCAACCUGAGUCCUAAAUAAUCUAUAAGGUUGGUUGAUGAACCCCUGUAUUUAAUUUAGUAGAAGGAUGAGCGAGUAAAGAUUAGUUUACCGGGGAAUAUUCUAGGUUUAACAGUUCUCCAUGUAGAUGUAUAACUUACACACCAGUUCUCCUGUAUACCUGGAGUCAUUAUACACUCAACCUUGUCUAGUUGGAAGAUGAGCUGGAAAGAAGUAAACGAAGAUCUGGAGAGAAUGGAAGAUGAAGUAAAGAGAAUGGAGGAGAAGGACGAACCCCAAUCUACAGAUAGAGGAAAAACUUCUAAUAAAUCACCUGGAGCUACGAAUACGAAAUUUGCGUUGAGUAAAGAUCUUCAACUUUUAGAUGAGAUUAGAAACUUUGACAGAGAACGAGGACUGAGAAGAACUAAGGCAGGAGAAGAAAAUAUAGACCCUGGGGCUAAAUCAAGUUCAGAUAUUAGUACAAUUGUAGAGAUACAUCAGGAUGAAGAUACAUCCAACCCUAGGAAAGGUUGGCAAGAAACCCCGGUUAUCUGGCUAGAAAAAGAGGUAAACCCUGAGCCAAAAAGAAAAAUAGGAAGAAUAGUGAAACCCUGGAGCAGAACGGAUUCAAAGUCCGACACAGUUCCCAAACCUACGGAAUGGAAAAACACCGAACCUUUGAGCCGGACGGAUAGAACUCCGGAACCAAGAUCCAGUUUUGAAGAUAAAGAGAGAAGAAUAUCUCAAAGUUCUCUUGGAGUUGGCGAAAUAAGGAAGGAUCGGAGAGUAGGAAGUAUAUUACGGAGACCUAGUAUCGGAGUUGAACCUACUUCUCCUUCUCCUUCCGUGGACAGACUUUCAGUCACAUUCGCUCCAGAGGAUACAGUCCUGGAGAAGAAGGAUCAGAAGAAAUCUAUUCUAGUUGUGGAUACAACUCCAGGUCUAGAUCUCCAGGAGGUUCAGGAACCAGGUAUAGAUCUUCAGGAGGGUCAGGAAGCAGGGCAGGACGAGGAGGAUCGGAGAACCCUCCUCACCUUGGAUUCUAGCUCAGAAGGUCUAAGACAUGGAGUUCCAAAGAUUGGGAUGAAAGACAAGUUUGACAAGUUCUGGCCUGUUCAGAUUAUAUUGUGUCCCUUCGCUAAAGCUCGGGACAAAGUUAAAUCUAAAAAGGCUUGA